UUCUACGGGAUAUCCAACUGACACACGUGGUUGAAACGCAGAGAGCAGUAUAGAGAAAUGGGCAAAGAAAAAAAGAAGACAAAGGUUGACUUGCAGCCGGUUGCCGCGGAGAAGAAGAAAGGAAAGGAAAAGACGGGCAGUAAGCGAAAACCUGAGCAGGUAAGCUCUCAACCUGCAGCAAAGAAGGCAAAGAAAGAGUCACAGAAAUCUCAGCAGCCGAUGGCAAAGAAAGCACCACCACCGAAGGAUUCGUCGUCAUCUGAAUCUGAGUCAUCAGAAGAGGAGGUAGUGAAAGCUGCAGUCCCACCUGUAAAAGCAAAAAAGCUUCCUGCUGCUGUGAAAGCACAGCAAGUGAAGAAAGUUCCUGCCAAAGAAACAUCGUCUUCUGAAUCAGACUCUUCUGGUGAGGAAGAUGUGGCAGCUCAAGUGACCAAGAAACCAAAGAAAGGAGUUGCACAAGCAAAAGUACCAGAAAAGAAGGCGCCUCCAAAGGCAAAGGAACCGUCGCCUGAAGAAUCAGAUUCGUCGGAUGAAUCAGAGUCGUCGGAUGACGAGGAGCCUGCACCACUUAAAGCAACUGCAAAGUCAGCUGUAACUGCAAAGAAACCUCCAGGUAAGGUGUCAUCAUCAUCAUCAGAUGCAAAAGCAAAACCGCCGUCUACUGGCAAACAACAGCUAGUGAAGAAAACUCUGGCAAAAGAAGCAACAUCUUCUGACUCUAGCUCUUCUGACGAUGUAGCACCUCAAGUGGAUGGCAAAUCAAAGAAUGGAGUGUUAAUGGCAGCACCAGCAGUUACUCGUCCAUCUCCAUCAGCAAAAGUAGGCCUAACUGCAAAGACAGCAGGUAAGAAAACAGCUGCAAAGUCAUCGUCAUCUGAGUCAGACUCUUCAGAAGAGGAAGAGACGCCGUCUGCUAAAGUGGCUUCAAAGGUCACUGCAAAAGUGGCCACAAAAACAAAAGGACAGAUUGGAAAGGUACAGAAAGCAGCCAAGAAAGCACCAGCAGCAAAAUCAUCAUCAUCUGAAUCAGAUUCAUCAGAUGAGGAAGACACUGCACCAGUCAAGGUGACCCAGAAAGCAACGAAAACUUCUGAUGUGAAAUCACCUGCUGGCAAAUUAGGUGCAACAUCAGCAGCUAAACAGACGUCCUCAACGAAAGCUGCAAUUGGUAAACCAAACACAAAGCAAGUUACGGCAAAAGCCCAGAAACAAAGCAAAGAAGCUUCUGAAGAAGAAUCAUCAGAAGAGGACGAGUCAUCUGACGAAGAGACAGCAGAUGCUACAAAACAACCAACCAAAACGCCAGUCAAACAAGAAGAGUCCGAAUCUGAAUCUGAAGACAGUUCAGAUGAGGAGACUAAUCCACCACAGGCAAAGAAAAAGAAAAUAGUUGAGGAAAGAAAAGUUGCUAAGAGCCAGGAAGAUGACGAAAGUGAGGAGAGUGAUGAUGAAGAUGAGAGUGAUGAAGAAAGUGCCCCACCUGCCAAGUCACCGAAGCAACAACAACAAUCAACACCAACUCAACAAGACAAAGUAUGUGAGGUGUUCGUUGGCCAACUUCCCUACAGCUGUGAAGAGAAUGACCUGAAAACAUUUUUCAAACAAAAUGGUCUCAAGCCAUUAGAAGUCACUUUACCUAGGGACAGGCAGACGAUGCAACCAAAAGGAUUUGCAUUCGUGUCAUUCUCAAAUGCAACGGAUGUUUCGAAAGCAAUGGAACUGGAUGGAACCACACUGGAGGGACGACAGUUAAGGAUAAACCGAGCAAAAGACAAGCCAACUCCCGGUAGUGGGCGUGGUGGACGAUCCGAAGGUCGAGGUGGACGAUCAUUCAGAGGAGGCUUCUCCAACAACACACCUUCACGGACUCUCUUUAUUCGAAAUCUCUCAUACAAUACGACAGAAGACACAAUAAGAAAGAAGUUCAAAUCAGCUCAAAACGUGUCUCUUCCCAUAACAGAAGACGGCAGUAGCAAGGGGUUCGGUUUUAUUGACUUUGAAGACGAGAAAUCAGCAGAAUCUGCUCUCAAUAAGAUGAAUGGGAUGUCUGUUGACGGCAGGGAAAUUCGUCUCGAGUUCAAAAAGUCGCAAGACAGAAACUCGUUUGAUUCACAAGGACGAGGCAGGGGCCGUGGGCGUGGUGGACCACGAGGCCGUGGUGGCCGCGGAGGAAGCGGGGGUGGAGGUUUUCACAAGUCUAAGGGCUCGAUACAGGACUAUCAAGGGCAAAAGCUGACUUUUAAUGAUAGUGACUGAUUGUUGGAGAUCUGCCUUCUCCAUAUGCAUAUGCUAGACAUGAACACUAGAUAUUGAAAGUUUCAUGUACUAAAGUAAGCAUUUCGUUCUUAUCAUAGAUUUGACUGACAA